UGGGAUGGCUUCAUGUUCUGUCUCUUCAUUGGUAGCGCCAAGAAACCACUAGGAUCGUACCUCGGACCUGAUCUUGAUGGAGCCGACACGUCAAGUGCACAGACAGGUAGACUAGAUAUUAACACAACGCAUCUCUGCCAGUUCGCAUGGGUCAAAAUACAUUGGAACGCCGUGUGGACAUGACCAGUCGCAUCCACGCACGAUUGACGAUUGAGCUCCGCUCCGCCUCGGCCACACAUGUACGACCAAGAUUGGGUGAAUGCGAUGGCACGGUGAUCUAUACUUCGGCACUUCUCUCAUAUUUGGCUACUUCAGUCUACUCAUCAGUAGAAUGUAACCAGUGGAUGAGAACCAUGAGUGAGACUGACUCGCUCGUAAUCUCAGUGAUGUGCUGGUCAGAGCCAUUGCGAUCCUGUUGCGACAUCACAAUUGUCAAAUUGCUAAAUUUUAUAUUUGCACUGCGUACGACGUCUGAGCAAAGAUGUAUUCCUAUUCCAGACCGUUUGGAUGCUUACUAUAUAGGCGCGAUCAACGUCACUUGUGCUGCUGAUUUUAGUGUUCAUAGCUAUUACAAAAGUGACGAAGAUCAAUUCUGAUAAUUGUGAUAAAUCUGACGAUGUCAAAUCCGACCCCGAAUUGACACCCCUCC